AGGCUGGAGCUGGAGCCCUGCAGAGGAGGCCCAGGGUGCAUGGCAUGGGGCCCAGGCAAGGCCAUCGCCUUGGUGUGUGAUUGGGAUGGAGCAGGGAGGAGCACCCGGCCUGGCUUCCUCGGAGUUGAGUCAGCCCAGGGGCAGCCUCCACUCGGCCAUCGCGCAGCCUGGGAAGGUGGAGAAAUGGAGCGUCGGGGUCUCGGAGGCGGCGUGGGAAACGCCGGGCGGAGCGGGGCGCUGUCACGGCAACAGAGAGACGCGACGGGGCCCCGCCCCACCGCCAGUUUCCACGACAACCGGAAGAGCGUGGGGAGGGAGGCAGGUGGUGCCCUGGCCCCUGACUGACGCGACCCGGGCCAGCGCGCUUCGUCCCCGCCCACCCGACAGGCCCCGCCCCCAAGCCCGGCCCCGCCCCGCGCUGCCCGGCUGUCGCGAGGUUUUGACUCUCGUGGCGCCCCAGGGGCCGACGGGAGUGGCGGCCGCGCGGAGGAGGCCAAGAUGGCGGCAGCUGCGGCUUCGCUUCGCGGGGUAGUGUUGGGCCCGCGGGGCGCGGGGCUUCCGGGCGCGCGUGCCCGGGGUCUGCUGUGCAGCGCGCGGCCCGGGCAGCUCCCGCUACGGACACCUCAGGCAGUGGCCUUGUCGUCGAAGUCUGGCCUUUCCCGAGGCCGGAAAGUGAUGCUGUCAGCGCUGGGUAUGCUGGCGGCAGGGGGUGCGGGGCUGGCCGUGGCUCUGCAUUCGGCUGUGAGUGCCAGUGACCUGGAGCUGCACCCCCCCAGCUAUCCGUGGUCUCACCGUGGCCUCCUCUCUUCCUUGGACCACACCAGCAUCCGGAGGGGUUUCCAGGUAUAUAAGCAGGUGUGCGCCUCCUGCCACAGCAUGGACUUCGUGGCUUACCGCCACCUGGUGGGCGUGUGCUACACGGAGGAUGAAGCUAAGGAGCUGGCUGCGGAGGUGGAGGUUCAAGACGGCCCCAAUGAAAAUGGGGAGAUGUUCAUGCGGCCAGGGAAGCUGUUCGACUAUUUCCCAAAACCAUACCCCAACAGUGAGGCUGCUCGAGCUGCCAACAACGGAGCAUUGCCCCCUGACCUCAGCUACAUCGUGCGAGCUAGGCAUGGUGGUGAGGACUACAUCUUCUCCCUGCUCACGGGCUACUGCGAGCCACCCACCGGGGUGUCACUGCGGGAAGGCCUCUACUUCAACCCCUACUUUCCUGGCCAGGCCAUUGCCAUGGCCCCUCCUAUCUACACAGAUGUCUUAGAGUUUGACGAUGGCACCCCAGCUACCAUGUCCCAGAUAGCCAAGGAUGUGUGCACCUUCCUGCGCUGGGCAUCUGAGCCAGAGCACGACCAUCGAAAACGCAUGGGGCUCAAGAUGUUGAUGAUGAUGGCUCUGCUGGUGCCCCUGGUCUACACCAUAAAGCGGCACAAGUGGUCAGUCCUGAAGAGUCGGAAGCUGGCAUAUCGGCCGCCCAAGUGACCCUGUCCAGUGUCUGCUUGCCAUCCUGCCAGAACAGGCCCUCAAGCCCAAGAGCCAUCCCAGGCCUGUUCAGGCCUCAGCUAAGCCUCUCUUCAUCUGGAAGAAGAGGCAAAGGGGCAGGAGACCAGGCUCUAGCUCUGGGCCCUCCUUCAGCCCCCAUCAUGGGAAUAAAUUAAGUUUCUCAAUGUA